AUGAGUACAUCCCGUAUCCAGCCAAAUACUUGGCUCUUCUUACGCUUGCCUUCCCGUUCAUUGAAGUGCUUAGAGAUCAAGCCUAACACGAUCAUUGACGUUGGCAAGCUCGGCCAGUUCCCUUCCAAUCUCCUACUUGGUCGACCGUACUACCACACUUAUGAAAUCCUGGAGAAAGCCGCAGAUGAGGCAUAUAGCAGACUUAGGAUCGUUACGCCUGACGAACUGAACGCUGAGGUCGCCGCAGAUGAAGCAACCCCUGCCGAAAGCCGAGCAGAGCCGGCGACACCAGGUGUGAGCGAUGGCGCAUCGCUCCCAAAGGCAAUGGAGGAGGCUGUUGUGCAGGAGCUGAAGAACAACCGCCUUACGAUUGAUGAUGCGAGCCGGCAAGCACUAUCACAGGAAGACAUUGAGCAACUGAAGAAGAGCUCGGCAGGAAAGGAGAUCAUCGACAAGAUUCUGGCCAACCAUGCGGGACUGGACGAGAAGACGGUCUUCUCUCGAGCCAAGUAUGUGCUCCGGAAGAGAAGUAAGUAUCUCAAGCGCUUUACGGUACUGCCAAUGGACGUGGGUACGUUGAUAUUAUAUCUGCAUGAGAAGGAGCCAGCGCGAAUACUGGAGAUGCGGGAAGAGACGCUGGGUUUGAUCAUGGCGUGGAGCAAUAUGCAUGGGUCGCACGUCGAGUCUUCCGCCGACGAGACUUCCCUUGGUAAGCUAGGUACUGGUAGAUGGCUCACUGUCGAUGAAACGGGUGGGUUGCUAGUUGCAGCCAUGGCCGAAAGGAUGGACAUACUGCACAAGUAUACCGACGAGGAGCAAUUCGACCAUCCACCGACGAAUGCAGAAUCAGUCCAGACAGAAGACGUUGAGAUGGAGGACGUGUCGGCCACACUGGAUGGCAAAUCGAGUACACCAGCGUCGAGACACAUACCCACACCACGAGACUUCCCACUACCAGCAACAUCCAACACGAUAACACUACUACAUCCUGCCGUACAACCGAAUGUCUCAAUCCUAAAACACUUCGGCUACGAUUCGAACAGUCCAAAUACAGACCACCCACUCCACACGCACCUCAAAUGCCUCUCCUGGCUACAACUCCUACACCCGGCCGACGACCCAACAUAUCGCCAACCCGACACAGUCCCCGACCCCGAGCUCUUCAAAUGGAAGUCCGGCAAACGCGGCAACUACCACAAGAAACAACGCCGGUGGCAAAGAUGCCAAGCCGUAGUCCACGAUACCCAACGCGGAAAUUUCGACGGCUUGAUCAUAGCUUCGAAUAUGGAUCCCGCGACUAUCCUCCCGCACACGAUCCCCCUAGUCCGAGGAGGCGGCCAUAUAGUCAUCUACUCCCCUACCAUCGAGCCUCUGGUCAAGAUCAUGGACCUCUACAGUAAAGAUCGCCGAGCAGCCUACAUCCAGCACCUAUCCAAAGGCGAAACCCCCAGCAUCGACGACUUUCCCCUCGAUCCGAGGUUGCUUUUGGCGCCUACGCUGCAGACGAGUCGGGUGCGGGAGUGGCAGGUUUUGCCUGGGAGGACGCAUCCGCGCAUGACGAGCCGGGGGGGUAGUGAGGGGUUUGUUUUUACGGCGAGGAGGGUGCUGCCGGUGGAGGGCGGGGUGGAGGCGAGGGGGAAUUUUACGGGAAAGAAGCGGAAAGGAGCUACAAAUGAUGCUGCGACGCCUGGGGGUGAUAUUGUAGACGCCGGAGUUGGAGUGGGAGGUGCUUAG